UGAUCUUGGCGACCCGCACUCAUAGUUUAGGUGGUCGUUCACCAAAAUCGUUCGUUUUAGCGACUCGCCUGGUUUCCGUCGAAGCCCGGGUCGAAGUGACAAGAAGCGUACCGUACCUGUAACCCAGACCACCCUUGCAUGGACCGCAGCAGUGCACAGUGAUUUUGGGAGUUUUUUUUUGUAUGCGAAAAAAUUGAAAAAAGUACAGACGAAUUGAAUCGACCAAGAACAACACAAGUGUGAAAACAGAAAACGGCUCGUGUUCCGUGCCGAGAGCUUCGGAAAGUGAAACGAAAGCGAAAGUGUUGAUACGUUCUGUGCGUUGCAGCUGAACGGCGGCGAACAGUAGUGUGCAGUGAAGCUUGGAGUUUCGUGACAAGAUUCUCGGUCUAGUUGGAGCGCUGUGAGAAUAUUUCAAAAUGAACCAUCGAACGAGGGCCCUGGUGGGGCUGCUGUGCAUAGCGGGGCUGGCGACGGGCCAGCUGAACCAAAGCUACCGUCCGGAGUUCUUCUCGCCCGGUCAAGGCUUCCAGUCGGUGUCGGCGCAGAUCUCAAGCAAUAACUACGGCGGCACGACAGUGACGAAGACGCAGGAGCGUACCGACGGUGGCAUCACGAGCAAGGUUAUCACCACCGGCACGAUUACGCGCCCGUACUUCAAGCAAACGACGCUCACGUCCGACGGCUACAACUACCCGGUGCCGGAAACGAUUCCGUGCUACGAGCCGACCAAGAUCUGCGCCCCGAACCAGUACUGUAACGAUGGAUUCGUCGACGAGUCGCAGCUGAACCUGUUCAACACGAACAAUCAGAACUGCAACUCGGCCACGGAACAGUGCUGUAAGAUUCGGCAGACGCCAGCCACGCGCUGCCCGGACGACAGCUACGUCUGCGUAUCGCCCAGCUUAUGCAACAACGGCCUGCUGAACUUCGAUGCACAGAAUGCCAUCUCCACGAGACAACCGACUGGCGAAUGUUACGCACCGGAAGUAUGCUGCAAGCAGCAGUCGCUGCUGUCCCAAUCGACCGUCCUGACCAACGAGGGUUACGUCGUUAAGGUACCGGAAAAUCAGUACCUCCCACCGGAGGGUCAAAACACCGUCACAAACAUUCAAACUGCACCCCCACCACCCCCACCCACCACACCUCGCCCACCGCCCACCACGACACGCUAUGUACCGCCACCCACCACCACACGCUACGUCCCACCGCCGACCACUACGCGCUACGUACCGCCACCGACCACCACCCGGUACGUGCCGCCCCCGACGACGACGCGCUACUUCCCCCCACCGACCACCACGCGUGCACCGUUCCGCGGCGAGGAGUACAUUCCACCCAGGGAGGAGGUGCCGGCCCCGUCCAAUGACGACCCUAACAAGAUCAGACCUCCACAGGACGAGAUCCCGAACCCGGCCAACGACACGCCGGUCGUGAUCCGGCCGACGACCCAGCGCCCGUUCCAGCCGCCGCGCCCGCAGGGUCCGGAGGCACCGCCGCCACUGCCGCCGGUAGGCUGCUCCGCUGCGAUGAACUGUACCGAGGAGGAGUACUGCUCGUCGACCGGCGUCAUCUCCAAGACGCCCGUCGUGCUGACGGAGGAGCAGAAGCUGUUCCGCGUGCCGGUCACGCCGUGCCGCAACCUGGAGCGCGGCUUUACCGGCGUUUGCUGCCGCGAUCCGGACUACGUGGACCCGUGGCCGGUCGGUCAGCUCGGUCAGUACAAUCCGGAGAUUCUUGGCUUCGACGAUGGUUCGUACAAACCGACCAAUGGCAACGGCAACGGUAACGCGGUUGAUAAUGGCAAUGGAAACGGCAAUGGACGCCGUCCGGGCGAGCCGAUUCAGGCGUCCCCGUCGCAGGUAACGUCCACACAAUCGUUUGCACCGAACCAGUUCGUCAGCCAGACGGCCUCAGUCACACAGUCGAAGUCGCAGUACGAUCGGGGCGUAACGGCGUCCGCUUCCUUCCAGUCGACCGUCGGCCAGCGGGUGAACGCGGCACCGGCCGGGCUACAGUUUACCAACAGUGGCAACACGCGCUUCCGCCCGUUCCAGAACCAGCGUUCGGAGAGCACGUUCGCUAAGCCACAGCAGUGUGCGCCGAGAAACUAUAACACACAGCCACGCGGGGCAGGACCUCUUGGAACCGGAUUCGGCGAGUUCCCGUGGCAGGCGAUGGUGCUGCUGGAGACGAACAAGUCGCUGCUGUGCGGAGGAGCUAUCAUUUCGGAUAACACCGUCGUUACAGCGGCCAACUGUGUCUAUGGACUGAACCCACGAACGAUCCAGAUCAAGGGAGGCGAAUGGCGCCUGGGAGUCGACGCAGAACCAAAGACAUUCCAGAUCGUGCGCGUCAAGGACAUCGUGUACCAUCCGGCGUACAAUCCGACCACGCUGAACUACGACGUCGCCAUGCUGGUGCUGGAGGACCGCCUGAAGUUCGACACGCACAUCGGCUCGAUCUGUCUGGAUGAGAACGACGUGGUGCCGAGCGCUUCGUACGAGAACUGCGUUACCACGGGCUGGGGCAAGGAAGUGCUUAAGAUUCACAUCCAAAACGCUCUGAUGCAACAGAUGUCGAUCUCGCUGCUGUCGGAAGCGGAAAGCCAAAGCCAGCUGCAGCGCAACGGUUUCGCACCGGAGUCGCACAUCUGUGGCCGACCGUCCGGCGACGCCUGUGAGGUCGAUGUGGGCAGUGCGCUGGCCUGUGCCGAUACGAGCGGUACCUACUACCUGAAGGGCGUGUACUCGGCCGACAACGGUUGCAACCGGCCGGAUCAGAUCGUUUCGUUCUCGAACAUCGAUGUGCAGUGGAUCAAGCAGGCGCUGAAGAACCCGAACCAGUUCAUCACGCCGGUGCCGAACUAUCAGACCGCGGCCAACAGUCCACAGGUGUCGCGGGUACAGCUGCAGUCCACCCAGGGCCCGGCCUAUAACAAUAAGUACCUGCCACCGUAUUAAGGCGAACCGGACAGAGUCGAAGACACGGCAGAACAAAGCACCUACACCAACUAAUCAACAUCCAGUGAUAGUACACGAAUAUAAACACACACACAUGAACUGGAAGCUCCGUGGAAGGUCCCUGAAAGUAGAGCAAGAGGAUAAUGCUGGAUCUUUCUCGGCAUCGAGCAAUCCGUUCAGCAUAACAUACCAUUUCACACGUAACGUACCACCAAUCAGCAUCAUUAUUACACGCCCAUUGACACAUUACACUAGAACAACCAGUACACAACCACACACAUACAUACACACACCUUUCCCGGGUGGUGCUACACUUAGGCGUUAAGUGAAUCUUGUCCCCCUUCAUUUUACACCAUCGAGAUGAAAACACACGGAGCCCCCGAGAGAGGAAGAAGGGAUCCAAAUGGAUGUUCAAACCAAUUUUCCCACAACACAACAAAACACUUUAAUCUUCACCAUCUUCACCCAACACGUCCCCAACUCGUCCCUAACUCGUGCUCCACGUUCAAAGCCCGGGUCGCGGGUGUGUUGCUGUGUGCGCCAGAACAUCACACGAUGUGUCUUUCGGUGGCCAACACUUCUCACCAUUAGCCUGUAGUGAACUGCUGGAUUUUCUUCAACAACAUAGUAGCGCUCGUAUCCACAGAUCAAGUUAAUCGUCAUCACCAUAGCAACACAUGACACACGCAAACACGUGGCUACACGCGGUAUUGAAGCACAUCACUAAAGUGAGGACUCUGGAGCACCUAGAAUCAUACUCCAGUGCGCUCCGGCAACGUCUCGCAAACACGCACACUAAACUGGCAAAAUGGCGCACCAGCCACACCGUGACCGGGCGUUGGAGCGCGAAGCACCACGUGGGCGUUACUAUCUUUUUACAUCUGUAAUAUUAUUUAAUUACCUGUACAUAAUAAAUAUUGUAAGCUUUCAUCGUUUUUAGGAAAUAA